AUGAAGAUGAUAGAAAUUCCAAUAUCUGCCUCUACGGCUUCCAUUCCUCGCAGGAUGAGGGAUGUGAGAGUAGACAGAAACGGCAUCACAUGCUACGAUGAAGAAAUAACCAGGAUCAUCGACUACACAUACGACUAUGAGAUUACGUCUCCUCUAGCAUGGACGCGUGCAACUUCAGCUUUACUUGAUGCUAUCGGAGCCGGUAUCGAAAGCAUCACCACAAGUUCCGAACUCUCUCAACUUGUGGGACCUACUUUCCCUUCUCCAGAUACUAUUCCCAAUGGUUUUAAGUUGCCUGGAACAAAUUAUCAGCUGGAUAUGGUAAAGGGGGCUUUUGAUAUGGGUGCUAUGAUUAGAUAUCUCAAUCAUAAUGAUGCUUAUUUAGGCGCAGAAUGGACUCAUCCAUCAGAUAACCUCGGAGCCAUCCUAUCAACGGCCGACGUUCUUAGCCGUGUAGCCACCUCCAAAGACGACCAAGACUCCAUUCUAACCAUGCGCCAUGUCCUCAUCGCUCUCAUCAAAGCUUACGAAAUUCAAGGCUGUUUCCAAGGCAAAAAUGCCUUCAACAAAGCCGGUCUCGAUGACAUCAUCCUCGUUAAAGUAGCUUCCACAGCCGUCGUAUCCUGGCUGAUGAAGCUUCCUAAAGCACAAGCCAAAGCCGCCGUUUCCCACGCUUGGAUCGAUGGAUUCUACGAUGUGUUAUUCAGAGGUAACACAUUUGACCUCCCACGACCAUUCGGUACCUCCGUAAUCGAAAAUGUAUUUUUCAAAGUCUACACCGCAGAAAGCCAUGGCAUGACUGCACUCGAGGCCGCACUAUGGGUCUGCACCGAACUAAAAGAAAAGAAAUUAUCCACGACCGACAUCAAGAGCAUUCAAGUACGCACGCAGGAAGCAGCAAUGGUAAUAAUGAACAAACAAGGAGCGCUCCACACACCCUCCGAGCGCGACCACAGCCUCGGAUACAUGAUCGCCAUCACGCUUCUCAAAAACGCACUACCCGAAGCAGAAGAUUACCAAAACACUAGUUCCUGGUCCAAAGAUCCCCGCGUAGAGGAACUGAGAGAUAAAAUCUCCAUCAAAGAAGAUACAGAAUUUACAAAAGAUUUCCAUAAUCAAGAUCUGCGCAGUCUCGCUAACGCGAUUAAAGUGACUCUAAACGACGAUACGGAGUUAGAAGAAAUCGUGAUACAUUUCCCGCAGGGCCACGCGAGGAGAAGAGAAAGUCUGGCCUUGGUAGAGCAGAAAGCGAUGAGGAACUUUGCGCGGAAAUUGAGUGAGGGGAGGAUUGAGAGGAUUUUGGAAAUUUCAAAGAGUAUGGAGUUUUUUGGUAUGUCUGUUUGUGAAUUUGUGGAUUUGUUUGUGCCGGAUAGGGAUGGGGAUAGGGAUGGGGACAGGGAAUGA